AUGGGUGCAACAAAUACAACACCAAGCAUCAAAUUAACCACUAGCUCUCCAUUACCAUACCUCUUUGGUAGCUUAGCUUUGGUGUUAAUUUUGAUAGCAAUGGCAUUGGUUCUUUUGGCGUGCUCCUAUAGGAAACGAUCAUCGAAUUCACUCUCCGAUGAAGCUCGGGUUAACAAGGAAAGGGAGAUGGAUCUGGUUCUCGAUUCGGAGCCGAAAAUCGUAGUGAUCAUGGCCGGAGAUGAUAAGCCUACUUUCUUGGCUAAACCAGUCUCUUCUACAACUUGUUGCUGUGAUCAAGUUUGA